UGCUGUUGUUCUCACAACAGGCGGAGAGAGAGGGAGAAGGACAGGGGAGAAGGAAGGAAAGCAAAAGCCUGUAGAGAAGUGAGACUGUACAGGAAUUUAACACAAGCAGCUGCAGCCCUCUGACGUCAAAAUGAAGGUUGCCAGCUUGAUUUUCCUGCUGAUUGUUCUGUGUACCAUCAACGCAGCCCCACGAACAGUCACAGAGGCACCUCCUAGCACUCCACGACCGACGGAAGCCAGGUCCCGCUUUGCGAUGCUGGAUGACGUGCGUCUGCUGGCUAACGGCCUCCUUCAGCUGGGGCAAAGCCUGCGAGAGUUUGUGCACAAGACCAAGGCGCAAAUCAACGACAUCUUCCAAAAGCUGAACAUCUUUGACCGCUCCUUUUACCAACUCUCGGUCGUGACCAGCGAGAUCAAGGAAGAAGAAGAGAAGCUGAAGGAAACCACCACCUUCCUAAAAGCCAACAAUGAGGAGAUCCGCAAUCUGUCAAUGGAGAUCAACUCCAAGAUCAACAACAUCCUGCAGGAGCGCAGUCACCUGCAGAGUAAAGUGGGCAGUCUGGAGGAGAAGCUGAAAGGCCUGUCUGAGACCAUGAUACCUCUAGAGCAGCUCCAGGAGAUCACUACCCUAAAGGAUGUGAUCGACUCUCAGGAGAAGACCAUCAAAACCCUGCUAAUGUCAGUGCAAGAGCAGCAUGAGCAGCUCAACUCUCAGAAAAUCAAAAUCAAGAGUUUGGAAGAGAAGCUUAAUUACGACUUUCUCCAAGAAACUGCAGAAAAACCUGCAGAUUCAAGUCCAGAACAGCCAGACAUUCUUGAGUACCUGACAAGCAACUCAACCAGCUCAACUAUGGACAUAAAUGACUUUCCCACAGACUGCAGUGAAGUGUUCAACAGAGGCCAGAGGAACAGUGGAGUUUACCCCAUCAAACCCAAUCAAUCAGAGCCCUUCAACGUGUACUGCGAUAUCAGCUCAGAUGGAGCUUCCACAGUUAUUCAACGCAGAGUGGAAGGGUCUGUGGAUUUUGACCAGAACUGGGACAAAUAUGAACAAGGAUUUGGAAAUCUGGAAAAGGAGUUUUGGCUGGGUCUGGCUAAAAUUUACUCAAUAGCCAGACAGAGCAUGUACAUACUAAACAUUCAGCUGGAGGACUGCAGAGAUGAAAAAAGAUUUAUUGAGUACAUGUUCACUCUGGAUGGUCCUGCAUCUCACUACAUGAUCCAUCUGACCCCUCUGUCUGGAAACCUGCCGGAUGCCAUGAGCAACCACACUGGCAUGAUGUUCACCACCAAAGACAAGGACAAUGAUAAUCUUGAGGAUUCCAACUGUGCCCGUAACUACUCAGGUGGCUGGUGGUUUAACGCAUGUGGUGACACCAAUCUAAACGGGCGGUACACCUGGGCCCGCUCAAGGAGUCGCACUCCACGCAGGAAAGGGAUCUACUGGAGACCCAGCAGGGGAAACUCUUACACCCUUAAAUUUACAAAGAUCUCCAUGAGGCCAAUGUCCUAGUUCUAGUGAUCACUGAACCUCACUGAUUGAGCAACUCUCAAUCAAUGAGAAAGGCAGGCUGCAGUGACUCUGGCCAAGAGAAGUUUCCCCAUUCUCCUCACCCUUAGUUGCAGGGAAAAAAUAUAACGCUGACUCCUUAUCAAACAAUGAUGCAACAGCGCCAGGUCACUGACGUAUGACAGAGUUGCAGAUAGAGACAGAGUUGCAGAUGUUGCAUGUGCAGUUUUGGUAGAACUCUUCCUUACUGAAUGUUUUGGAAAAUCAUGUCCAUAGAUAAUACAUGUAUUAUGCAUAAUGCAUUGCUGGAGUAAUAACAGACAAAUUGCAUGCUGUUAUGAAUUGUGAUACAUUUUGUAACCACAUAAAUAACUAUACACCAAGUAUCCCCUGAAAAAAGUAGUAUAUAGCAUAGAUGUGUAAUAGUUCUCAAUGUUUUUUUUUUGUCUGUUUUUAUAUUGCAGUUUAACUUAAUACCGUAUUUAAGCAGUGUUCAUAUUUGCGCUACAUUAAUCAAGAAACGUGCUAUGAUGGUAGUAACUGUUUGCUCAAUAACAUUACUGAGUCAUAUUGACUCCUGGCUACACACUGUGUAUAUGCAACUGUACAGGAUUUUGUUUACAGAUUUGUCUUCAGGAAAAAAAGUGUGAUGCAUCAUUUUUAUAACAAAAAUAAACAAAAAUUCUCAACAA